GCCCCUCCCCGAGUCCGCCUCUGGAAGGCCUGGGCGGAGCGCAUGGCCGGUGGGAGGUGCUGAGCCUCCUGAAUUAUUCCUAUCCCGGAGGAGCAGGAGCUAGAACCGCGCGGGGUCUGAGCAGCCCGCGCACCCCGUCCCGCGCCGCGUCCCCGCAGCAUGUCGCGCCCCCGCCUGCUGGCCGCGCUGUGCGGUGCGCUGCUCUGCGCCCCCAGCUUGCUCGUCGCCCUGGAUAUCUGUUCCAAAAACCCCUGCCACAACAAUGGCUUAUGCAAGGAGAUUGCCCAGGAAGUUCGAGGGGACGUCUUCCCUGCCUAUACCUGCGAAUGUCUUGAGGGAUACGUGGGCAGCCACUGUGAGCUGAAGUGCGCCGAGCCACUGGGCAUGGAGAAUGGGAACAUUGCCAACUCACAGAUCACCGCCUCAUCUGUGCGCGUGACCUUCUUGGGUGUGCAGCACUGGGUCCCGGAGCUGGCCCGCCUGAACCGGGCAGGCAUGGUUAAUGCCUGGACCCCCAGCAGUAAUGAUGACAGUCCCUGGAUCCAGGUGAACCUGCUGCGGAGGAUGUGGGUAGCAGGUGUGGUGACGCAGGGUGCCAGCCACUUGGCUAAUCAUGAGUACCUGAAGACCUUCAAGGUGGCCUACAGCCUUAAUGGACAUGACUUCGAUUUCAUCCAUGAUGUUAAUCAAAAACACAAGGAGUUUACGGGUAACUGGAACAAAAACACGGUGCACGUCAACCUGUUUGAGACCCCUGUGGAGGCUCAGUACGUGAGGUUGUACCCCACAAGCUGCCACACGGCCUGUACUCUGCGCUUUGAGCUACUGGGCUGUGAGUUGAACGGAUGCCACCAUCCCCUGGGCCUGAAGAAUAACAGCAUCCCAGACAAGCAGAUCACGGCCUCCAGCAGCUACAGGACCUGGGGCUUGCACCUCUUCAGCUGGAACCCCUCGUAUGCGCGGCUGGACAAGCAGGGCAACGUCAAUGCCUGGGUGGCGGGGAGCUACGAUAAGGAUCCAUGGCUGCAGGUGGACCUGGGCUCCCCGAAGCAGGUGAAGGGCAUCAUCACACAGGGGGUCCGUAACUUUGGCUCCAUCCAGUUUGUGGCAUCCUACAAGGUGGCCUACAGUAAUGACAGCAUGAAUUGGACUGAGUACCAGGACCGCAGGACUGGCAGCAGCAAGAUCUUCCCUGGCAACUGGGACAACCACUCCCACAAGAAGAACCUGUUUGAGACGCCUGUCGUGGCUCGCUAUGUGCGCGUCCUGCCGGUGGCCUGGCACAACCGCGUCGCCCUGCGCCUGGAGCUGCUGGGCUGUUAGCGGCCACCUGCCCCCCCGGUCCUCCUGCUUUCCGCCGGCCUGCCGCCUCCUGUGUCCUCAGCCCCUUUAAAUCACCAUGGGGCUGGGGACUGGGGAGGGGAUGGUGUUCAGAGGCAGCGUGGUCACCCCUCCCUCCUUCCCUCCCUCUUCUUCACCCUCCACCUCUCACGGGUCCUGGCCCCAGCCCCUAACCCCCAGCCCCUAACCCCC